AUGGUAGGCAAGAUCCCAAAGUCGGUGCUAUUGGGAGAAGGGCACCCUUCUACUGGCAAUGAAAUGGUGUUGUACAGCGUACCAUCGUCUCUGUCGGUACCUGAAGAGCAGGAUAAGGUCAGGAAGGCUAUCAUCGAGAGUAGAGCGAGGGCGAGGAAGAAGCAGUUGCAUGGUGCUGAGGCUGAGGCGGCUCCUCCAAGACAUGUCGAUAUAUGUGACAGGAAUGGGAAGCCGAAUGGGCUGAGCAACAUGGGACAUGUUACUGCGGAUCAGGUCAUGGGUAUUGAAGAGGAUGAAGACGCUAUGGAUCUUGGAUAA